AUGGGAUCCGGAAAUGUAGCUGACGAUGAGAUCUUUUGCACCGAAUUCAACCCAGCCCUGAGGCGCAGUGCUCGUGAGCUCCAGAGUCGAUUGAUCAUCUUGAAGGAGGAAAUCAAAAGCUACGAGGAAGCCAAUAUGUAUCCACUUGUUGACGAGCAACAAAAAAAGCUCUUCCGACCGAUCGGCUUCAACAAUUUCACCGAGAAGGUGCCCGUUAACAACGAUUUGGAGGCUUUGCUUUCCAUUCCAUCGAUCGAUUUUAGCACAAAUUCGUCGCUGGCUGAGGAAAAUUUUGAUUCGACCAAAGACGAGUAUCAAAAUCAACAAAACAAUCAAUUAACAGGUGUUCAAAACCUAGCGGAUCAUUUGGAGACUCGUUUCGAGAACCACUUCCGCCAUCUGAGAACAGAAUUGAAGUCAUUGGAUGAAACGAAACGAUCAGUUUUCUUCCAAACUCUACCAACGAUUAUCGAAGAAGCAAGGGCUAACUGUGAGAUACCAUUCGGUGGGCAGUAUUGCCCCAAAAUGAUCCAUAUCUUUGAUCAUCCGGAAGAUUUUGGAGACUACUUUAAAGCUAUACUCGUCAACGAUCACGACGAGAAACUCGACAAUCUCCAAAAUGUUUUCGUUUUCGAUGAAGCCUGGCAAGAAUCGUUCUUGCCGAGUUGGAACUAUGUACGAAUUUCAGCUAUUAUCGACAAUUUUUCCUUGUAUAAAGGAAACAUGCUUACGCCAAAGCUCUUCUUUCGUUCGUUCAUCUCUUUACGAACUGCUGACGAAUGGUUUCUUGUCAGUGAAAGCGAGCAACUUUUUGUGAAAGCCGAUUUUAGUAGACAAGAAAAAGCCGAAAAUUGGUCAGUCGAAAGUAAAGAAGUUGUAUUUUCCACUGGAGAGGAACUUGUUUUUGAAUCAAUUCGAUCGAUGAACAUCGCCGAUGUUGUCCAGACUCUAGAACAGACCAGAGGCCGGUUCAUUUCUCAAAUUCAAGCAAAAAUGUCUCGUUAUGUCCCACUGGACUCAUCAGAUUUGAAAAACAAACAACUUUCCAACUCGAAAAUCGCGAUCAAUGCCCAGAUUCCAGGAUACGUUUGUCAGCUGAGAAAUCCUCCACGUCAACAGUGUCUUCAUCAAAAGAAAUGCUCAGUGAAAUAUCUAAAUCCAUAUCCUCUCCAUCACCAAAAUAGUCUCUCUGGAACGAUUAGUGAAAAAUUUAUGAUCCCCUAUUAUGAAUGUGCUUCUAAAGAAGAACAAGACUAUCUAUCCGAGUGGCUUUGGCUUUGUGAUGAGUUAGGUUUAAAAAAGGAAAGCUAUGCUCAAUUCGAGAAAACCGAGGCUUCCGAAUUAGUCAAAUUUGGCAACUCGUUUUACUUUCGAGAAUUUCUGAACGAAAAUCAUUAUUACAUCCUCCUCGAUCACCCAGAAAACUACGAGAAUCACGAGAAAGUUCCUUGUUUUGAUGGCGAUUUUAAAACACAUUUAUUUUCGGCUGAUCUUAUUCGAAAAUCGAUGAAUGAAAUGAAAAAAGAAGAGCAGAAAUUUCUAAAAAUUACCAGAAUUGAGGGGAAUUUCCCCGUUUUUCGAUAUGCCACUCAAGUGCUCGAUUUUGAGGGAAAGGAAGUGCCGUUUGACGAUAAAUAUGUGAAAGAAUCCGAUUUUUUGAGGUCAAAAGCCGAAAUUUUUCAAAGUUCUGCAAAUAAAAAAAAAGCAAACAUU